GUGUUGUUGAUAGAACAGCCGCUGGAGCUGUCGUGCUUUAGUCACUGGAUAACGUUUAGUGGAAGCCCCUCAUUCCCUUUCCCCGCGCGGGCUGCCCCGCACCAACGUCCCGCUCACAGACCUCCUGCCUUAAACCGAAAUUAUUUAGCUGCCUCAGGAAACUAGCUGCAUUCGCCAUGCGGAGGCGUAACCUGGACCCCAACCAGCAAGACCUGGCCGAGGCCGCCGCGCUUCAGCGGAGGCGCUAUCGGGACCUACAGAGGCAAAGCCGAGUGUUUGACGCCAGACUCAGGACCAUUGGUAUUGACAAGGAAGCUUUGGAUACCCAAAUCAAAGACAGAAAGAUCCAAGAAGCAACUCAGAGGGCAUGUGAUGAAUCAAUUGCUGCAGAAAUGAAACAAAACGACAAGGUGCUUUGUAUGUUAGAUGAGCGACAGAAGAAAGAUGGUCAAAUCCUGAAUAAAGCUGUCAAUGAAUUUCGCAAAAACUAUCAGCAACCAGAUACACGGCGUGAAUUUGAUUUGUCAGAUCCACAAGCCCUAAAGAAGGACACUCCUGCUCGUCUUGCAGAUAAUGACCCUCGGUGUACUAUUUCUGGCUUACAGAAGUUUAUGGGAGAAGAUUUAAACAGUGGGAAUAGGUGGAAAUUCCAAAAGGAGCAAACAAGGGAGUGGCUUUUGCAACAACACAAAGAGCGGCAGAAUGCACUGGCAGACAAAAAAAAUGCUGAUGAUCUGUUUGACAAACAGAGACUGGAACUGGAUCAAAGAGCCAUGAAGCUUCAAAUAAUAGAUGAAGAAACAAGACGAGCCAUUUGCGUUGCUACUGAGGAAUUCAAUAAAGCUCUGGGUGAAGGGGAAGAAGCCAAAGGUGAAGAGCGGACGGCCCACUGCUCCGGGGGGGCGUGUGAAGGAACAGAUAAAAAGAGUGAGCUGUCCGCGAAAGACAAAAUGGAGGAGAAGGAAAAAAGAGGGGAACACCAGGGAGUGAUAGGGAGCGAUAACAGAACAGAGGAGAAAGUGACAGUUGAGGAAAAGGCGGGAAAGUGGGAGAUCUGUCUGGCAGAGGGGGAGUGGGAGGAGCAAGAGGGGUCAGUAUGGCAAGAGGAUAAAAGCGAGGAGGGAGUAGUUUGGUUCGACACAGUGGUAGAGAGAUAUGAAAGAAGAAAGAAAGAAGAAAGACGUAGGGCAUUUGAGAAAGUCCGUGACCAAGGACUAUUAAAGGAUUUCCCACACUUGAGAAUUGGUGGACUUCUCCCCAAUCCAGCUGCUGGAGAGGGGGAGCUUAAACGAAUGGUAGCACAGGAAUGGUCUGUCAUCGUGACUCUGCAAGAGGCUGAAUUGCGGCGGGAGUGGGAGAAGUCGGCGGCAUCCUUCCCUGAGGGACCAGACGAGAGGGGGUGGGUGAGGCACUCAUGUUGUGGGACGAUCUGUGCAAUGAGGAGUGCCCCACCCCCGCGAUCGGAGGUCAAGGAGCGGCGUGGGAUGUUUCGCCAAUAAGUCCUUGGGACUAUAACAAAAGUUUUGUGAAUGUUGAUAGUGGCCUGUUGCCAAAGUUGGAACCAAUGUUACCGUGAAGCGAAGUGCUUUUGGAUGUGGGGGACA